GUCUGGGGCGCGGGGCGGCAGGUGAGCGGCUCGGGUCCCUCAAGGGUGUGCGCGGGUGGGCGCCGGGAGGUCGCGGAGCCAGUCAGUGCCGAAAGGACCGUGAACUCCAGGGGCCAACGAUCACCGGGUGCGGAACUCAACGUUUCCGCCAGUUCCUGGACUUACUCGAGGAAAAACAAACAAACAAACAAACAGCAACAACAACAAAAAUACUAACAGCAAUGGGACUCUAAUAAAUCAACUUGGAGUGGGUGCAGACGGUUCCGGGACAACCCACACUUAGUCUAGGAUCCCGAAGAUCCCUCAUCCAGCUUUUCCCGGGGCAAGCGGCGAAGCGCUAAGCAAGGCUGAUCACUGUCCUCAGUGAUCACCGAACCCGCGCACAGAACCCGUGGCCCCACGCUCUCCUCUCCCCGCCAGCCCCAGACUAGCCUCACUGCCACUCCCCGCGCAGGAGGAACUGGCAGCCGCGGACGUGAGGGAAGCUGCCGCGGCUUCAAACUCCGUAGUGCGCAGGCGCGACACACAACGCGCAGGCGCCGCCUAGAAGUGACUUCUCCAAAAAGUGUGUUAGUUCCUGGUCACCUGAGCUCCGGGUGACGCGGCUGCGGUAGCUGCGGAUACACGCCUUCCGCGGGUCCUGCCUGGCGACCCCGACCUCCUCCUGCUGUCUCUCCGCUCCGCCACCCCAAACCCGUCAAGGUCCUGUCCUUUCCCAGCGUUGGGCCGGACCGGGCCGAGCCGGGCCGCCCGGGCGCGGUCUUUAACCAUGGCGUGCCUCUUCAAGAAGAAAACCGUGGAUGAUGUAAUAAAGGAACAGAAUCGAGAGUUACGAGGUACACAGAGGGCUAUAAUCAGAGAUCGAGCAGCUUUAGAGAAACAAGAAAAACAGCUGGAAUUAGAAAUUAAGAAAAUGGCCAAGAUUGGUAAUAAGGAAGCUUGCAGAGUUUUAGCCAAACAACUCGUGCAUCUACGGAAACAGAAGACGAGAACUUUUGCUGUAAGUUCAAAAGUUACUUCUAUGUCUACACAAACAAAAGUGAUGAAUUCCCAAAUGAAGAUGGCUGGAGCAAUGUCUACCACAGCAAAAACAAUGCAGGCAGUUAACAAGAAGAUGGAUCCACAAAAGACAUUACAAACAAUGCAGAAUUUCCAGAAGGAAAACAUGAAAAUGGAGAUGACUGAAGAAAUGAUCAAUGACACACUUGAUGACAUCUUUGACGGUUCUGAUGAUGAAGAAGAAAGCCAGGAUAUUGUGAAUCAAGUUCUUGAUGAAAUUGGAAUUGAAAUUUCUGGAAAGAUGGCCAAAGCUCCAUCAGCUGCUGGAAGCUUACCAUCUGCCUCUACUUCAAAGGCUACAAUCUCAGAUGAAGAGAUUGAACGGCAACUCAAGGCUUUAGGAGUAGAUUAGUCAAAAAAAGUCAUAAUAUUUUGCUUACUUAUAAUUAUGUAGUAUAAACCAAGCACAGUGCAGAUUUCUUUUACAAAACACAUGUAUUUUGCGGAAAAAAAAAAAAUGGAGACUGUGAGUGAACAGUUGUUUCCUAACCCAUGGCUAUUUUGAAUCUUUUGCCAAAGAAUGACAAUGAUGCAAAAAUGGAAACAGUUUGGAUUUUAAUUAGAACUAUUUAGGAGUGAUGAUGUGUAAAAAGUUGACUUCUCUUUUGCAUGGCACAGAGAAAUUAUAUUCCUUACUUCAUGUCAGUUUAUGUUCUAAAUCUUUUUCACUGAAUAUAAAAAUCUUGUUAAAUGCCGUUAGGCACCAACUUAAAGAGGGUUGUAAAAAUAUUAAAAGUAUAUCAUUAAUUCUGUAUCUGUUGCUUGUCUUUUGUAAGUGAUUAUGUGUUAUGACCAUAGGCAGUUACAGCUGCCAAAUUAUUUUUAAAUGGUCAAAAAGAAGAGUGCUAUUUAAACAUCUGUCUUAAACAAAAACUGUCAUAGCUUUUCUUUUUCUUUUUCCGUUGGGAGAACAUUCUAGUUGGUAAGUUUAUUACCUUUCAAAAUGUGCUUGGCACCUGCCUUAAAUAGCACAGAUCUAUUAUGCACAUCUUUAAAUUAUUUCAGCUGGCAGAAAAGAAUUACAUUUAAAACCAAAAGCAAGGCCUCACUACAAAGAUUAUCCUGGCUCUUUCCUAUCUCUGUGGGCCUAAUUGAAAUACGUACUCUUAUUUUAGACACUCCCCUCUUAAAACAGACCAGGUUUUCCUGGUCUCGGAAGAGACCUAUGAUGACUUGUCCCUUUGAUGCCAUUACUCUGCAUUGAAUAUAAUUAGUAAAAAUAGACAAUGAAUAAAUAACACUUUAUAGUAAGUAAACAAUAUAUUUUGGCCAUCUAAAAAGUGAGGAUUAUAAUUAUAUGAAUUAUAAUUGAAACUUUAAUUUUGUUGAAUGUGUAUAUUGAAUCUUCUAAAUUGAAGCCAUUAUUCUCAAUUAAGUACUACAACUAUGACAAUGCUUGACCUACAUUUUUAAAAUAAUUUCUUUUUUUGAUAAAUAAACCACAAUUUUACCAGAAAUUACUGUCUAAAUGUGUAUUAGCAGUAUUUUUUAAGGUGAAAUUGCCAUGGUAUCUAAUGAAUGUGUAGACAGAGAAAAUGAAGGAGUGCCAGACUAGUUAGAAUAGAAGUUAGGAUUAGGUUAGUUUUGAAAAACGAUGUUGUAAUAUAUGGGUUCUAACACAUCCUACCAUGAAAACUGGAGGAGAUAUGUAUAACCUGGUUAAUUUGGGAUGGUGGACAUUUUGGGCUAAUACUGACAAAAUACAUCUUAGGACUACUAUACAUGUGACACGGAUUGCUAGGAGGAACGAAAAACUAAACUGUAUAGUUUAUAUUCCGUAAACCAUUUUAUAAUGUUCAAAGAUUAGGUUUCGUUAUUGGUAGUAUUAAAUACACAGUUUCUCUUAACAGUGAUGGGUCAAAACAUUUUACUGGAUAAUGGAAUGUUUACCAGAACAUGUUUUGAUUCUUGGAUGUACAUAAUAAUGCCAUCUAACUUAUUUACUUUCUUGUUUACAUGUGGGAGCUUUUGUUUUUAAAAAUUAUUUUGUUAAAAAAUCUCAAUAAAGAUUUAUUAUUGUUGUCCUUUUCUUA